AUGGUAAAAUCCUUCCUUGAAGUGCUGGAGACGCUGCCUCUUGACAUCCGCACACUUGAUGUUUUGGCAGGCAAGCUGCGAAGUUCCACACGACCCCAAGAACUCAUCUCCUUACUGCACCAAUAUGAAUUAACAAGAGAAAACAAAACGCUGGAGAAUAUCAUCCAUUUCACGUAUUUUCAGUGCAAUAACGGCCUACCGCCACACAUCCGUCUCUUCCGCACUCAUUACGUGGAAUUGCGGGACCAUUGGCCGCAUGAACGCCAUCGCAGUAUCUUAUCCAUGGAGAACCCAAAGUCCCAGUCAUUGCGCUUUCUUUGGAGUAAUGACAACUCUAAAGUCCUCACUGCAAUGCGAUACCAGCCGCAUUGCUGGGGCUCAUCUCAAAAUCCAGAGGCACAACACGCCUUGCCUGAGCUCCGGCGAACUGUACUCUUCCACGAGAUUUUCCAACACUACCUGUUUCUCAAGAAAAAUCCACAUCUUUGCAAAAAUCGAAGGGCUCUCGCCAUUCCUAUAGUGGAAAUUCCAAUGGACCCGCUAGGCCACACAAUUGCAGAUUCGAGAAUACGCAACUUGUUCAAGCACAAAGUGGCUCACGUGUGGAACGUGCUAGCUCUCGAAAACCCAGCUCUUUCGCCCUCACAAGAGGGUUUGCUUACCGAAAUAGUGCACAAUCCUUUGCCUUCCUCUGCUGUUGCCAACCGCAGGUCGUUACAGAGGAUUUACCGACGUGCCUGCAGGGGAGCCUACGUGAUACAGCCACAUCCAGAUUUCGGUGUAGAAAUCCAAGAAAGCAGUCUUUUAAAACAGCUUUGA